UGGAUGGGCGCGCACCCCAAGGGCGACGCCGUGAUCCGGGAUAACCGCAUCCCCCAGCAGACCUUGGGCCAGUGGAUCGCUGAUAACCCUGGCUGCCUGGGGGCCAAGGUCAAGGACACCUUCGAUGGCCAGCUGCCUUUCCUCUUCAAGGUGCUCUCGGUCAACACGGCCCUCUCCAUCCAGGCACACCCCAACAAGGAGCUUGCGGCGAAGCUGCACGCCCAGUUCCCUGAGCACUACCCGGACACCAACCACAAGCCAGAAAUGGCCAUCGCGCUGACCCCCUUUGAGGGCUUGUGCGGUUUCCGGCCCGUUGAGGAGAUCGUGUCCUUCCUCCAGACCGUCCCUGAGUUACGGGCGCUGAUCGGCGACGUGGCCGCGGAACAGCUGGAGCGCAGCGUGAGCGACGACCCCCGCGGCGUGUCGGCCGCCCUGCGCGUCUGCUUCACCCGCAUGAUGAAGAGCGAGAAGAAGUUCUUCGUGGACCAGCUGAACAUGCUGGUGAAGAGGAUUUCCCAGGAAGCUGCUGAAGGGAAGGACACAUCGGGGAGCAACGGGGACCUGCUGCUGCGGCUGCACUCCCAGUACCCAGGAGACAUCGGCUGCUUCACCAUUUACUUCCUCAACCUGGUGAGGCUGGAGCCGGGGGAGGCUAUGUUCCUGGGAGCCAACGAGCCGCACGCCUACCUGCACGGAGACUGCAUCGAGUGCAUGGCGUGUUCGGACAACACCGUGCGAGCCGGGCUCACCCCGAAGUUCAUCGACGUGCUCACCUUGUGCGAGAUGCUCAACUACACACCAGCACCCAGCAGUUCCAAGAUCUUCCCUGCUACACAGAGCCAGCUCGAUCCCAGUGUCUACCUCUACGACCCACCUGUGCCAGACUUCACACUCAUGAGGAUAGAGAUUCCUUCCUCUAUCAAGCUGUACCUUGUUUCUGCUGUGGACUCUGCUAGCAUCUUGCUGGUGAUCCAAGGAAUGGCUGUGGGUACCUCCACAGCUGCAGCGUCUGAAAUGACUCUGCGUCGUGGCUCCGUGCUGUUCAUCUCUGCCAACGAGAGCAUCUCCCUCCACCUCUCCUCACCAGAUGGGAUGCUGCUCUUCCGGGCCUGCUGCCUCCUCUGAGUGGGGACCCCAGGACCCCUCCCCUGCAGUGACCCCACUUUAGAGUAGAUAGAAACUGGCCUGGGCAAAGUAGGCUUGCCAGGUUGGGUGUUAGCUUGAAAGUUGCCCUUAAUCCACCAUUAAACCCAAAGUAACCCACACUCAAUUUGUAGCGAAAGCAAUUUCACACUCACCCUCUGGCUUCUGAAUCAACUCCUUGAUCAUGGCCCAGAGUAAAGGGGUGAGGAAGAACCUCUCCCUUCGUAGCUUUGUAACCAUGGCCCUGCGUGCGUGGGGUGGGGGUGUAUCCCCUUAGCAUCACACCACGCAGGGCCAGUACUUGUCAGUGCUGCUAAUGCCAUACGGCAACAUUUUUUUUUUUUCCCCCUCUCGCUGAAAAGCAGCAGGGAGACAUGAGAUCCGUGCCUCUGGUCUUGAGAAGUCCUUACCUGGCGCUGCAGAGCUGCACCUUUGCCCGUCUUGUAGGGACAUUCUGCUGCCUACCCAUGCAAAUGUGAUGCUGAGGUUUUCUCCUGGGAGGGGAAGAGGGAAGAGAACUGGGGCUGCAGUAGGGCUUAGACCUGGCUUCAUCAAAAGUGCUUUGGGAGACUGCAGGCAGGGAGAGGGGCUUGGCCAGUGUCGGGGAGUACUUAUUCGCGAUCCUUCUGUACUGCACAUCACUGCCUAUUGCUGACAAGUAACUGUGAAACACCUAACUCUCAUCUAAAGGAGGGGGUGUGAUCACAUCAGACACCUCCUGGCUCUUGCCAGCACCCAGGCAUGUUGUGCAGAGGUGUGCUGCAGCAGGGGAAGGCAGGGCUGGAUGACAGCAGCCCAGGCCCUGGGGUGGGGGGUAUGGUGGGUGGGCGCGCUCCUAGGUGUUUGGUGUUCUUACCAUGCCCGAUUGCUUGUAGGCAGUCAUGUAAGCUGUAUGUCCCCUUCCCUCAUCUGUAAAAGGGAAAAGGCACAGUCCUACUUCACAGGGUGGUGUGAAACUGAAGGGUUGGAGAUCCUCAGAUGAACGGUGCUAUGAAUAAAGUGAAAACUUUGUCCUCAGUCACAGGGAAGUAUUGUGUACUGAGCAGCCAGAGAAAGGGGACAAGCCAUGGCAUCUACCUGCUACAGCUGCGAGUGUACACGGGAUCAGAUAAAGCAAUAGGAGAAUCCACUUCUCUCUAAAAGCAAGUGAGUGCUGAAGCAGGAGCAGAGCGCUGCUGUCCUUGCUCUUCAGCCUGCACUGCACCCUCUCCAGUGAGGACUGACCUGUGUUCCUCACCCUGCCUUGGGCUGGAGGGCAGGGAGCCCUGGCUCAGGCUCCCUCCAGCCCAGCAAGGCCACGGGUGCAGGGUUGCGCAAGGUCAUUUGGCUCUGCGAACGCGGUUCUUGGACAGGAAGAGGAGGCUGUGGGCAGUGCCAGCCGGUGCCUGCCUUCCCCUGCCUCAGGCUGGCACCCUGAGAGGGAAGCAGGCAGGGCUGAAGGUGGAAGUGACCUUUCCUAUUCAGCCUAGCCCUCGGCUAUGGGUGCUGCCCACCCUGCUUCACCCUCAGCAGUGCUAUAAAUUGCACAGCCAGGGGCAAGGUGUGCCACGACAGCUUUGCACUGUAACAGGACACCAAAGCAACAAGAGCCAGGCAGUUGUAAAAAGGAAAACUGGGUUGCUCCUGAGAACACACAGAGCGCUGAGUGCUCUCCUCCCUGCUCCAAAAACCUCCCCUCUGCCCGCAGGUCUCCCACCCUGGCUGCUUGAGGGACCGAGUAAGCAAUGGGAGAAAGGAGCUGGGGAAAGAGCCAGCCCAAGUCCUGGGCUGCUGGGUCACAGCUCAGACUUCGCCCUCCCCACUCAGCAGGGGCCAGAGCAGCUCAAAGCAGCUGCAGGUUUAAGUGAACCAGUUCUUUAACUGCCAGCCAGGACCCUUUCAUUUAUGCAGCUCCUGGCCAGAGUAAUAACACAUGCUUUGAGUAACACAAUCCAGUUUAUUAAGUGCUUCCUUCAGCAAGGAACAUACAAAAAACAGUUCAGUUCUCUAGACAUCAAGUAUUUAAACAAGGUUUCUUUAUAAGAAGCUGAUUGUCCUCUAUAUAGUACAGCUGGACCAUGAUUUAAGGCAGCUUUUAAAACUCAUAUGAGAUAGAUUCCACCUGCCCCAAAAUCACACACAAAAUGACUGACCUGUGCACAGCUGACACUGAGAGGGUCUGUGCUGCACUGGAGCCACAACUCCCUCCUACUGCCUUGGGAGCUCACUAGCACUAAAGCAGGUUUGGAAAGAACUGGAACAAGCUAUGAGCUAAAACCAGACUGACCAGGAAGUCGACUUCCCCUGCCAUGGAAAGCUGAAAUUAAGGUCCUGAGGUUUAGCAGGUGAGCACAGUGCUUUUCAACUCCCUGUUUCAAUAAAGCAAAGGCAAGUCAGAGGUUAAAUAUGAAAAAGGAGUCAGCCCCCAAAACACACAUCCUACUCACAAGCUGCAUGGCCCUGUAACACCAACUCCUCUGCGCCAAGAAGAAAACAUUCCUUGUAAGCCCUUCCCUUGUGCCAAAUUAGCGUGCUGACCACAACAUGCUUCUGCUUGCUACAUACUACAGUAAGGCAGCAGGUUUCUACGUGGCAAACGCAAAUCUGCUAUAGUCCAAGCACUUUGUGCAAUGCUGCUUUUUUCUGCCUCUGAGCGCAGCAUGCAGCCCUUGAAGAGGGCUGCCCUGUAAGGAAGGGAAUGUAAAGAGAAGGUCGAGCUUGGCUGCGCUGCUCUGGGGCUGCAGCUGGGAAGGGGCCCAAGGGGAAAAAAUAUAAAUCACUUCAUAAAUACAGUACAUGGACUUCAUCAGCCAAGGACAGAACCAUCAGCAGCAGAUGGUACCACGUGCCAGGCAGGCCGUCAGCAGCACAACACGCUGCUCUCAAGCCCCCCACUUAAGCCAGGACGCAGCAGUCGCCGCCACUGUAGCGUUACUGCAACUCCACACGCUGUCCCCACUUCGAAUCCUCACACCUGCCAUCCUCAGAUCCACAACUCCGAACAGCAGUGAUACAGACAGACAAGUGUUCCCUGUGAUGGACACCACCCUGUGGACACAAAGACCUGGGGGCUACAGCCUGUAGCCGCUAACAAAAGAAAAGACAGACAGAUCUGCAGAGAUAUUGCACAGCUUCAUCCUUUUCUGUGACUAUCUAAUAAGAAAGAAAAAAAAACAUAUAUUCCAGUGCAAAGCAGGAAGACCUUGGUAUCAGCCCUGGUCACGCUCCUCCACAACACAGACCCACUAUAAAGAACAACUCCUCAUGUCCGAGGGACAACCAGGCCAAGCAGAGCCUGUUCAGCCUGCACAAGCAACAGCUAUGUUCAGCCUGGCAGGACAGGGAAACAAGCAGCACAAACACGUGGCAGAAACUGCACAGACACUGAGUGCUGAAGGACAUUACUCUGAAGCUGAGUUGUUUCAAAUUUGACUUUUUACGGACAGAUGAAGGAGGAUCACAGCAAGCUAUGUCCUCAUAAGGGUCAGCAAUUUGUGGCUUGGGAGCACUCUGGAUGCUCCGGCAUGGUGAGUGAUCCAGGACAGCAUCAGUAGCAACUCACUGGUGCUCCUACCAAAGAGCAGGACGGACUCACUCCCAGAGGUGCAUCUGUUGUGCUGAUCUGACAGCAACAAUAUGACUGAGCAGACAAUAAAUAAAUGUCCCAAAUAAGAGUUUUGGGAAAACUCAA